AUGGCAAUUUGCGAGCUGAUCAGGAACUUCGUUGUGGCGCCGUUGAUCCGCUAUAUUUGGGUGGAUGCUGGUGCACUGAAAGCUGCCAAGACGACGGUUCAAGCAUACUGUCCCAACGGCUCAGUACCCCCCCCCGCGCGAACCACCACACCGCACUGCUCUUCUUAUACCGGCGUCAUGCGGCCACGUCGGCGCCUGUCAUCGCCGCGGCGCUGGGCUGCAACGCUGCACCAACAGCUGCUGGUGGUGCUUGUCGGGGUGUUGUUGGGGGUGCUAACGCCUGCGAGGGGCGUCGGGGGGCAGGGCCUUGGUGCUCAGGGCACCUGCCCCAUCUCCACGGAAGAUCUACAGAACGUGGACUACACGCAAGUCAAGGCCAAUUGUGUCCCGGCGCCAUUGGGCAGUCCGCCGCCAUGCACCGCCUGCCUGUGCGCCAUCGGCCGCGCGCUGUUCUCUGAGCUCACUGCCUCCGGUCUGGACCUAACUCAGCUUGUGGGGGAGGCUGAGCCGGUGGUGAUACAAAACCUCUUCCAGGCUUGCCAGCUCGCGCUGGGCGCACAGCUUGUGCGGGUCGCCGGGCUGGAUCUCACCGUGCUGACACAACUGCUGUCAUGCCCCGCGGAUUCCAUUACGCCCGAAUGUAUAAUCGAACAGCAAACGCAGCCACAGCCGCACCAGCAACUUCCGGUGCUGCAGCCACACACGCAGCAGCAGCGCGGUGUCAGCGAUCCAGAGGUCACCAGCUUCGAUCGACAGGACAGGAUCACCCCCACCCCCGCAGCCGGCAGUAGCGCCGCCAGCCCCGUCGCUAAUGCCGCCGCGCCCCAGCCCCUCACCGUCCCUGCCGCCGUUGCUACCCCCGCCGCUACCUCCGCUACCCCGCCAACAUCUCAAACCACAAGCACCGCUAGCACCGCUAGUCGAACUGGGAAGCAGGCAGCAGGCGCUUCCUCCUCCACCUCCAUUACCGUUAAAGCCGCCUCUGGACCUGCGCCCGCAGCCACUUCCGCAGCCACCCCUGGUGCAAGCUACGCUAUUGCCAUUGCCGACAGCUCUGACGGCACCGGCAACUACACCAGCAGCAGCAGUAACAGAAAUGGCGGCGAAGCAAGCGCAACGGCGCUGACGACUGGUCCCUCCAGCCCCAGAGCUGGCGGCAGCAGCGGAGGCGACAGCUCUUCGCACGCGGAGGCCUCCGUGGCGGCUCCGGGAGCGACCACAGCGACCGGAGCGACCACAGCGACCGGAGCGACCACAGCAGCUGGCGCGGCCACAGCAGCUGGAGGCGGCGGCGGCGGCGCCGCCGCCGUUGCUGCACCGCAGGCUCAGAGACCGGCUCAGAGCGGAGCCGCCGGGCAAAGCUCCUCAACCGCUUGGCCUGUCCUGGCGGCGGCACUGGUGGCGGCGGCUGCCGUACAGGUGCUGACAUUCGGGCCGCUGCCGCGCAACCCGGGUGCCCAGCGCCUGACCUAA